AUGAUAUUCAACAGGACAGGCUAUCCAGCUCUAGCUGAAGUUAAAGAACCGCUCUCUUCCGAGGAGCUACGUGUAUUGCGUGAUCAAUUGGAUUCUGAAAAACCCAAUCCCACAGCACAGUCUCAAUUCAACUAUGCAUGGGGCUUGCUCAAAUCAAAUUCACUUCGACAUCAAGAGCAGGGAAUCCAUAUACUCGAAAUCUUGUACAGAUCAGAACCCAGUAUGAGAAGAGAAUCGUUGUAUUACUUGAGUUUGGGAAAUUUCAAAACUGGUAACUAUACUGAUGCAAAGAGGUAUAUUCAGACAUUGCUAAAGUCAGAACCAAACAAUGAGCAAGCACAGCAAUUGUUGGAAAGUAUAGAGGAUCAGAUUACCAAGGACGGGUUGAUUGGAAUUGGUGUUGCUGGUGGUAUAUUGGCUGUGGGAGUAGGGAUAGUUGGCGCCCUAGUUAGAAAAAAUAGGAGGUGA